AUGCACGGGCUCGACACCUGGGGACAACCACAAGGACUGCCUGUUAGACAGAUCGCCGAUGGUCAGCCACAGGUCCCCACAUAUACCAUGGCACCUGUGUCUAUGAUCAUGGAUGGCCAAGUUCAAGGUGGCAUGCACACUAUGAUCAUGAUGCCAGCCAGCCAGACUGGAGAUGGACUGCCUCAAGCAUCGGUAGUCACAGCUGCACCGGUACCCCAGAUCUCCGAUGGUCAAACCCGAGCCAAAGCCAGCACUAGGACGCUAGUCUCUCGAGUCUCAGAUGCCCAGCCACAGGCAUUAGCUGCUACCGAUCCUGCAGCAUCGAGCAGCGCCGGUACCCGCCUUGUCGCUUGCAAGAGUGAAGGCACCCUUGAACUCACUCUCAACGAUGGUGUCCUCAAAGAUGCCCAGGGUCGAACAGGAUACAUUGCGUCCAACUUCCAAUUCCAAUUUGAUGCUCCACCACAAGCCGGCGCCAUCUACACCUCAGGGUUCUCGGUUUGCAGCAAUGGCAGCUUGGCUCUUGGUGGUUCGAACAUCUUCUACCAAUGUCUCAGCGGCAAUUUUUACAACCUCUACGACCGUUACUGGGCUGCCCAAUGCUCGCCUGUAACCCUCGAAACGCUAGCCCUUCAGGACUGUGCUUGA